CCUCCCGUCCGGAGGACAAGGCGGAGCCCUCCAAGGAAGGGGCCGAGCCGCUAUCGAAGCGACUGCGCCCCACUCUCCUGGAAGGGUCCAUGAGGCUUCAGCGUCCCUUGAAGGACGCGAUCGAUGCGGGAGCUCGGGCCGGUCCGGGCGUAAAAGCGAUUCCCACGGUGAAGUCCAAGAAGAAGACCUUGGCGAAGCCGCCCGCGGCCGGGGUGGCGGCCACGAGGGCGGCCGAGGCAAAGAAGAAAGCCGCGGAGAGGAAGGCGGCGCCGUCCGACCUUGGGGGUGCGGGGGUCGGCUCCAGAAGAGCCCGCCGCCGGGAGUCAAGCGGAGAAGGAGAGCACUAGCCACGUCGAGCCCACCGCCAACGUUUUUCCUCUACCCAGCAUGGCUCGCGGGGGCAUGGCGAGUGCGGCGACGGGUCCGGACGUUGCUCCGCCUGUGGUGGAGGAGGAGUCGACUGACAUUGGAUCGACCGAGGGGCAGAAGGCACCCGAAGUUGAAGAGGACAUCGUCGAGGAGGGCGGUCUGUCGGAGCCACUGAAAGAGCGCCGGUCCAAGGCCGCCAGGGACCGCGCCCCGCCCAGCGACACCGACACGCGGACGGGCGAGGUUCCGUCGACUGAGGCGGUGAUGCGAGCGGACGGGGCGACCGAGUCGCGUCAUCCGCCGCCGUCUUCAUUGACCUUCACUGAGCUCCACACGGCGCUUGGCGAGGCGCAUGUGGCGGAGAUUAAGCGGCUGACCGCGCUUGUGGAGGAGGCGGCGCAGAAGAACCGGAAGCUGAUUGCCCUGGGCACAGAGGCGCAGGCAAAGGCUCUUGCCGAGGCUCGGGAAGGGUUCGUCAAGGAGUCCUUCUACCGUGAAGCCGAGUUCCGGGCGCAGCAGGCCGAAGAGGCCCGGAAAAGGGCGAAAGCGGAGGUGGCGGAAUUGACGAAGGUCCUGGAGCAGAAGGGCCGGGAGCUGGAGGACGUCAUCACCGAAUACAAGGUGAAGCUGGAGGCCGCGACUGAUGCGCGGGACUCUGCACGUGGGGCUGCCGCGUCUCUGCGGGAGGAGGUGGCGGCCUUGAAGCAGCAGCACGCCAAAGAACUUGCUGCGGAGAAGGAGGCGUCCGAGGGCAUCGUCCCGGCGGUGCGGGCCGAGAAGACCAACUCGAGGCUUUCGUCGAGGAGAUGUCGCGGCAGAUUCUUG